GUAAGAUGGGACCAGCUGAUAACGAAGGAUUUGAAGAUGACCCAAAACCCUGGAAUGAUUGUGAGAGCUAUGUUUAUGAUCAAGAGAAAACACUGGACCUUCUUACUAUUGAUGCUCGGCCAAGUGAGAAAAGUUAUGAAAGGCUAGAGAAACAUUCAUCAGAUCACAGACCCACCAUUGAGGAAUUGAUGACUGGAGAAAGAAUAAAGAGAGAAGAGGAAGAAAUUGAAAAAACCAUUCUUUCUGGAAAAGUUGUAAAGUUUGGAUGGAUAGAAGGAGUGUUUAUGAGGUGCUUACUGAACAUCUGGGGGGUUAUGUUGUUCUUGCGACUCUCCUGGGUUAUUGGACAAGCCGGGUAUGUUCAAGGCCUUAUAAUCAUAACACUUUGUAAUGCCAUAACACUGAUAACAGCAAUAUCUAUGUCUGCAGUAGCUACCAAUGGAAGAAUAGCCAGUGGAGGAGUUUAUUACAUGAUAUCAAGAGCUCUGGGACCUGAAUUUGGAGGUGCCAUUGGACUGAUGUUCACAUUGGCAAAUUCUAUUUCUGUGGCAACUUACACCCUAGGAUUUGUAGAUAACCUUCUGGAUUUGGUUUAUGAUGUUACAGACUUUCAGGGAAUCGUAGCUGAUAGAUAUGAUCGCCUUAAUGAUCUGAGAUUAAUAGGAGCCCCAGUUAUUGUGUUGAUUCUACUCUUGGCUAUUAUUGGAAUGGACUGGGUUACAAGAGUUCAGAAACUUCUGCUUGUAAUGUUAAUAGUGGCACAAAUAGAUAUGGUUGUUGGCACCUUUCUGACAGGAGGAAAUGCAUAUGUUUCAGAAGCUGAAAGAGCUGCUAAAGGUUUUACAAGCUGGAGUCUUGACACAAUGCAAAAAAACUAUGAAGCAAAAUAUUAUCCAGAUGAAGAUGGAAAUAGGGAUUCUUUCAUGUCUGUCUUUGGUGUAUUCUUCACAGCAGUAACAGGAAUAGUAGCUGGCGCCAACCUUUCUGGAGAUUUGAAGGAUCCUUCAUCUGCAAUUCCAAAAGGAACUCUCCUUGCUAUUGGGUUUACAUAUAUUUCUUAUGCUGGAUUUGGAGUUUUAGUGGCUUUUAACUUCCUUCCAAGAACAAGUGGAAAUGCAAUUGAAUACCUGAAUAAUACAGGAAUAUAUCCAGAGAUCACAAACUGCACAGAGGAGGCAAAUGCAGUUAGAAUUGAAUAUAAUUUGACUGAAACAUCUUGUAUUUAUGGAUCAGCAUAUGACCAGAAAGUAAUGACACUAAUGUCAGGUACAGGUUAUCUUGUAUAUCUUGGAUGUUAUGGUGCAACUCUUUCCUCAGCUAUUGCAAGUUUAGUUGGAGCACCAAGAGUUCUUCAAGCUGUUGGAAGGGAUAAGAUAUAUCCAAAACUUGAGUUUUUUGCUGUUGGACAAGGUGCUAACAAUGAUCCAUUUAGAGGGUACAUUUUAGUAUUCCUGAUUGCAUUUGGAUGUUUGAUGAUUGGAGAAUUAAACACAAUUGGAAGCCUUGCAUCUAACUUCUUCUUGGCUGCCUAUGCUCUAAUGAACCUCUCAGUUUUCCAUUCCAGCAUGACCAAAUCACCUGGAUGGAGACCAACCUUCAAAUUCUACAACAAAUGGAUAUCUCUAAUUGGUGCAGCAGCUUGUAUUGUUUUAAUGUUCCUAAUGGACUGGAGACUUGCCUGUGCUACAAUUAUUUUAAUUUCAAUUCUCUACAGCUUGAUGCUUUAUUUAAAGCCAGAUGCCAAUUGGGGAAGCUCUGCAGAAGCUCUCAAGUUUUCUAAUGCAUUAAACAAUGCAAUUGCUCUAAAUGAUCAAGAUGAUCAUAUAAAGACAUUCAGACCACAGAUACUUCUACUAUGUGGAGAUCCUGCUCAUAGACAACCUUUAGUAGACUUUGCCAAUUUAGUCACUAAAAAAUUGUCUGUAUUGAUCUGUGCCCAAGUUGUACCUGAAGACCAAAAGGGAGAAAAAGAUGAUUUAAAGAGGGCAGCACAUAAAUGGCUUUCCACUCAUAAAAUUAGAAGUUUCUUUUUGGCAAUACCAAAUAAUAAAUUCAGUGACGCAGUUAAGUAUGCCGUAAUGCUUUCAGGAAUUGGACGUUUAACUCCAAACAUGGUAAUGAUGGGGUUUAUCAGUAGUAAUAAGGACAUGAACAAAAUAUCUGAAUACUUCCAGUCUUUGAUUGCAUCAUUUGAGAAUAAUAUAGCAGUUGGAAUACUUAGGCUUCCUAAUGGAGUUGACUAUUCCUCCGUUAUAGCAGAUCAAAACACAAUAAUUGAAGAAGACCACUCAGUGCCAAAAAAGAACGGAAUUUUUCAAAAGAAGAUUACAACUCAUUUCUAUGGAACAGAUGGUAAACCUCUGAAGUUACAGAUUGUCAAUGAAAUAGAACAGUUCAGGCUUCCAGGAGGGAAAGGAUUUAUUGAUGUUUGGUGGCUUUAUGAUGAUGGUGGACUAACACUUCUGUUACCUUAUAUUUUACAAACAAGAAAACGCUUUAAAGAUUGCAAACUUAGAGUUUUCUCCCUGUCUAAUGGACCUGGUAAUGAUGAAGAAGACCAACAAACCUUUGAAAAUCUUAUCAAGAAAUUCAGAAUUGAUGUAGAGCAAGUAUUUGUUAUACCUGAUAUUACAAAGAAAGCAAAGGUUGAUACUAAAGGGGAGUUUGAUCAGCUCAUCUCAAGGUAUCCUGAGGGUUCUAUAACCAAGGCUGAUCUUAAGGCUAAUUCCGAAAGAACAAAUAGAUGUUUAAGAAAGGCUGAGUUAUUGCGUGAAAGAUCAAGAGGAGCAGAACUGAUUGUUUUAACUCUGCCAUUACCCAUGAGAGGGCAGUGUUCUCCAGCAUUAUAUAUUGCCUGGUUGGAUAUCAUGACAAAGGGACUCCCACCUACACUCUUAAUAAGAGGAAACCAAUCCUCUGUUCUAACCUUCUACUCAUAAAUGAGGAUUUCAGACUUCCUUCUUAACUCUACUUCAGUUCAAGGGUACACCAACCAAUUCAAUAGCCAUUACAUUUAAAUCAAACCUUCUUUGAAUUCCAAAAAGUUAACGUUAAAGCUUGGGAUAAAAUAUAACUAAAAAGGCUUGAACCUUCUUGAUAAAGAGAAAAUUUCUGUCAAAAAACUUUAUAGCACUGUGAACCAAAAUGAUAGCAUAAUAAAUAGUUAAUUUAUUUAUUUACCACCACUAAUUGUUCUCCAAUAUUCUGGUAAAGCCUCUAAGCAUGAAGACUGUUUGAGUGACCCACUGAUCAUUUUUAGAAGUUCAAAUAUGUUUUAAGUUUUUAUGCUUGUACAGUGCUCUUGUAAUAUUUUAUUGUUUCAAUGUUAUUGUUUGUUCUAGUUUUUGAUAUG